AGCAGGAUUUUUGAACCUGAAGGCGCCAUUACUGUUUUCUCAACUAGCCUGUUACUUUUCACCAUCUAUCAAUAUCAAGAAAACGUAUUUUAUAGGCAAAAUGGACGUUGGUUUAAAGGCACAACUGGAUGAAAACGGUCUUAACUACAAAAGGGCGCUGGAGCGGAUCAUAGACAAGUAUUCAAAGUUGCAAUAUCAAGACGGGGCGAUGGAGGUGGAUCUCAACGCAACUGACAUGCAAACAAUGGAUCACUACAUGAAGCUGUCAAAAAUGAAGAUGAGCAAGCUGGAAUCAAAGAGCCUGACAGAUUUGAGAGAGGAGUCAUUAAGAGCACAAGAUGUAACAAGAGACUCUCAGUUGGACUUCACACAUCAAGAUAGUGAAACCGAUGAGAGUAGUGUUUCCACCAGCCAAUUUUCUAUGGAGGAUGAUGGAAUGUCGAGAAGUGACGGUACUCAGCUGACUGUGAGCUCAUUGGAGGAGAGUGAGAGAAGUGUGUCUGAAACGGAGCUCCAGCCCGAGGAUCAAGAUGAGGAACUGGAAAUGUCCCUGAGAAAUCAAGGCAGCUCUUUGGUGGAGCUCUACCCCAGCAUGAUCACUCAAAUAGGGAGGGCCUGGCAUCGGCAGCAUGUCUCCGAUGCUGCCGACUCGGUGCUCAGGAGAUACCGCAGAUGGCGACGGCUGUCAAACAGAAGCAACUUCAACAACACCUUCAAUAUCACACUGAUGAACACCAAAAGCAAACCAAGAAAGAUGACCAGUGAGACCCUGCUUGAGGAGACCUUCCACAGCCCUUUGAAAAGGAAAUUCCCAGGAAUGUCCAGCAGAGGGGCUGAAACUGCUCCUCUGUCUCCAUUACAUAAAGUAACCAGCGUGCAGGAUUGGCACACACAGUUCCAGUCUCCUAGGAGGGAUAGAGGAACACCAAGAAGAGAGCAGCACCAGCCUAUCCUGGUGAUGGACUUCUCUUGUCUCCCUGAGACUUCUGAACCAAGAAGGAGCUCACUGAAUCAGACCUUCACUGUGAAUCAACCCUCCCCUCCUUCUUUCUCACAGCAGGGAGCACAGCCCUCAUUUUCCACUGUCAGUUCACAACCUCACUAUCCCUCUGCAAAAGCAUCCUUGGAUCUGUCCCCUAGAUUAAAAAGGCUUCCUCUUUCUGCACACUCAGCUAAGACUGCUUGCUGCUCCACAUAUGCAUCAGAAACCACUGGUGUUAAAGAGAGAUCUGAUGUCUAUGGCUCCCCAGUCAGGCAAAGUCCCUUAAAAGCAAGGAUGAUGAUCAGGGAAGACCUCGGUAGAUCACCUCCACCUCAUGCCUUUUCCAGAAGCCCAAAAUCAGAUACUGUAAGCUAUUCCAGAGAGUCUGUGAGGUCCAGGUCAAUGGCAAUGUUUCUGUCCUCCCCUCCAAAAAAGCCUGAUAUGCCACUGAGGACGCUUCACACCCGAGAGUCCCAUCAUUCCUUCCAGUCACAGCUGCACUCACCUCUGUCAGUCACAGCAGCAGGUCGUCACAAGGUCCGACGGCACCUGUCCUUAGACUCCUCCCUGCCAAGGAGCUGUGUCUUGUACUCCCAAAAAGAGCUUGACGAUGACUUCGCUAAACUCUACCACAAGUUUGUCUGCCAGAGUAAAUCAUCCCACUUUAAUGGCCCUCCCUGCCGAAUGUGUGCAAGAAGCUCUGAUGCCAGCAGAGGACACUCUUCCUCAGCUCUGGCAGCUCUCGCACUGUCGCCCCACCGCUCCAUUUUAAGGAAACGCCACAGAGAAUUGGACUGGGGCUGCCAUCCCCAGUCCAAACGCUCCAGAGAUAGGUACUGUACAUACUCCCCAGGUUCUAAACGCCAUGGCAAAGAGAUGCUGACCCAGCUCACCCAGCAGCCCUCAGCAGAUGCACAUCACGUUGCCUGGAUGUCUCAGGGCAUGCCUGAAUUUUCUGGCCUGGGAGGUUCACUUGAGAGCAAAAUGGCAGCUGGCUACUUCCGCAGAAAAUGGUGGUGAACACAACAGGAAUUAUAUCUGUUAUGGAAAAGCCUGCCCCCAGAUGUCCUUCAACAAGUACCAGUGUGGAAAACAAUUGUCAUGUAACAGUCGUCAGUGGGAUGUUUUCAACCCAAAUAUUGGUGAAAAGUGGAUAGUGAAGGCCACACGAUAACCAAACAGAUGACACUGAAAGCAUGCAUUUAUUACUCAGCUGGUACAGUUUGACCUCAGGAAGUUAAUUUACUAAACUAUAAAGCAACUGUUAAGACAUUUAAUAUGUAAUACAAUUGAUCUGAAUGAUAGACUUGUAUCAGUAUAUUAUUACAUUGACACAUCUUACAUCUGUCAGUGGUUGUUUUUACCAUUCAGUUAGUGUUUCUAUUUGGAUUUUUUUCCCAUGUAUUAUUGAAGCAUCUAUUUGUUUAGAGUGCUGUGUUUUAUACUUGUGUAUAUUGACCAACUGUAUUUUAGAUUUUUUGAGCUGUGGUUCAUAAUCAUUACUGAAGUUAAUACAGCUUAAUGUCUAUGUCUUGUAAUAUCUGAUAAUUAUUAAACUAAAAUUUUAUGUCAA